AUGGAAGCACAGCUCGUUGACGUCGGAAACUCGGCCAAGGUGGGGGUUGCGGGUCUCCAGGCGGUCUGGUUCAGAAGGCUCAUGGCUCUCGGGUCGCUAUGGGCGCGACUACGAAGCCAGGGACGGCAGAAGAGCGCUGCUAGGACGGUCGGGCUGCAGCUGCUCGGGUUCGCGACCUGGAUCCCCGUCGUCGCGUGGUUCAACCUGCACGUGGCGGAGCUGACGAUUGUGGACGGAGCUUCGAUGUAUCCGUUCAUGAACGAGGAAAGGGACUCGACGCUGCGGAGGGAUGUCAUCCUCAACUACAAGUGGGCGCCGCAGAAGGGGCUCGAGAGGGGCAUGGUGGUGACGCUGAGGAGCCCGACGCACCCGGACACGGUGGCCGUGAAGAGGGUCGUCGCCGUGGAGGGCGACGUUGUGAGGACGAAGCAGCCGUAUCCCGUGCCGACGGUGAGGAUACCGCAGGGUCACGUCUGGGUGGAGGGGGAUGGACCGCCGGGAUCGAGCCUGGAUAGCAACACGUACGGCCCGGUGUCGAAAAGGUUGCUCACGGGGAGGGUCACGCACAUUGUCUACCCGUUCCGCAAGUUUGGGCCCGUGAGGUGGUGGGAGCAUCGAACGAGGCCGCUGGUCGAAUGA